AGGGCUCUCCUGCCUUCUCGCCCCGGCCCGCCCCCGCGCUCGGUAUUUGCGGUCGCCUCAGCCAGAGAAGCUGUGGCGGACUAUUCCCCAGGAAGGCAGGGCCCAGGGGCAGGCCAACGGGGCAGCCAUGGAAGCGGCAGCGCGGAGGCGGCAGCACCCGGGAGCGGCGGGCGGUCCGGGCACCUCCUUCCUGCAGACCAGGCACAGCUCCAUCAAGGCUGAGGAGGCCACCUGCACGGCGCCCUUCCACCUUGACCUCUGGUUCUACUUCACGCUGCAGAACUGGGUUCUGGACUUUGGCCGUCCCAUUGCCAUGCUGGUGUUCCCUCUUGAAUGGUUUCCACUCAACAAGCCCAGCGUGGGGGACUACUUCCACAUGGCCUACAAUGUCAUCACACCCUUUCUCCUGCUCAAGCUCAUCGAGCGGUCCCCACGCACCCUGCCACGCUCCAUCACCUACAUCAGCAUCAUCACCUUCAUCAUGGGCGCCAGCAUCCACCUGGUGGGCGACUCUGUCAACCACCGCCUGCUCUUCAGUGGCUACCAGCACCACCUGUCUGUCCGGGAGAACCCCAUCAUCAAGAAUCUCAAGCCUGAGACCCUGAUCGACUCCUUUGAGCUGCUUUACUACUAUGAUGAGUACCUGGGCCACUCCAUGUGGUACAUCCCCUUCUUCCUCAUCCUCUUCAUGUACUUCAGCGGCUGUUUCACUGCCUCUAAAGCUGAGAGCUUGAUGCCAGGGCCUGCCCUGCUCCUCGUGAUGCCCAGUGGCCUGUACUACUGGUACCUGGUCACAGAGGGCCAGAUCUUCAUCCUCUUCAUCUUCACCUUCUUCGCCAUGCUGGCCCUCGUCCUGCACCAGAAGCGCAAGCACCUCUUCCUGGACAGCAACGGCCUCUUCCUCUUCUCUUCCUUCACCCUCACCCUCUUGCUUGUGGCGCUCUGGGUGGUCUGGCUGUGGAAUGACCCUGUACUCAGGAAGAAGUACCCAGGUGUCAUCUAUGUUCCUGAGCCCUGGGCUUUCUACACCCUCCACGUCAGCAGUCAUCAUUGAGUCCCUGGCACCAGCCUCUGGAGCUCUGCUGGGAAGGGGGCCAUGGAGGUGUGAGAGCACAGGGUGUGUGCGGGUGUGCACGUAGGUGGGUACCAGUUGAGCCAGUGCUGAGAACACAGGUUGAGUACACUUCGUGCCCAUAGAUUUGGUGUGUGUGCGAGCAUGUGGCUUGUUUUGUGUGUGUGUGCAGAGUGUUUUAUAAGACUUGACUAUUUUGGUCAAGUUUCUAUUUGGUUUGGAUCUUUUUAGGAUCAUAUUUAGCUUUAGGGAGCAUGUUUAGGCUGGGAUCCACACCCUGGCCCUCCUGCACCUGAUGACUUUGGAGACCCCUGCUCAGGGCUUGUCUCUUCUUCCUAGGAGAUCUUCAGAUAGCUGUGCAGGAAAGGCCUGGGUGUGACAGAAGGUGGGAGGGAACUUGAUGUGUUACCCCACCACUGCCCGGCUCACCUCCCAGCCCCACCCUGACCCUGGCUGCUAGGUUACCAGAGUCACAUCAACUUUCUGUGCAUUGUUACACAGUGCACUCACUUCCCUAUCUGGGCCUCAUGUGCAUUGGAUGGGCCCAAAGUCAGUCAGCGGGCUGCAGGCCCCCAUCAGGGCAGCCUGGGGACAGACAAUGGGGCUCUGUCCUUUCACUGUUCCCUCCCAGCCUGGGCUGGUAUGUGCACCCCAGAUUCACUGCUCUAACUGCACCAGGCUGAGCUUGGGGGCUGGCAAUACUGGCUCUCCAGCCCUUUGCCCCUCCCUCCACCAGAGGCUCUGUCUCUCUGCUCCCACUCCAGAAUUGUGGUACCCACUUGUCAGCCUGACCACAGACAUUUGACCUGCCUCUGAAGGCAGAGUUUUCAAAUACUUGCCCUGCACCCUGAGCCCCAUCAGAGGGGUCAGAGGACAUGAGGCUUUCUGCAGUCAGCCUCCCUCAGCCUGAAUUCUCCCCACAAAAGGGAGGCUCACUCAGCCUUCCACACUGGGCCUCCCAGCCCACCCACCUUUUCCCAGGCAUUGGGUCCAGAUCCCCUCAUAGCCUCAUUUAUUUAGCCAGCACUGGCCCGUGUGCACUCGAGAGUCUCAGAGAUCUGCCUUGCCUUACCCAGGUCCUGCCUCUUCUCCUGUGCUAUCAGGGAGCCCCAUACCUCAGGUUCUCCUUUUCAUGUUGGGGUAUCCCUACUCCCUCCUUAGGAGUGCCCCAGCUCUUUGUUCAGUCCCCACCACUGGCAGCACAGGGUGGGUGGUGAGGUGGGAAUAAAAAGCUGGUGUGGGGCCAA